UAACCGUCCAUUAAAAUCACCAAACGCACCAAAUCCCAAAGAUCUCCCGCCUGCAUAAAUCUACAGACCCUCUUACUAAUACUAUUCCAUUCUCAUUUCCCAUCCUCACUCGUGACUCAUACAUCGACGCAUUUUUUUCUCGUUAUUCCGUGACAAUGUCAAACGCCAUUCCAUUCUUCCAUCUCAACACCGGAGCCAAGAUCCCUUCCGUCGGUCUGGGAACUUGGCAGUCCGAUCCCGGCCUCGUCGGCGAAGCCGUUGCUGCCGCCAUCAAGGCUGGUUAUCGUCACAUUGAUUGUGCUCAAGUCUAUGGCAACGAGAAGGAGAUUGGCUCUGUAUUGAAGAAACUCUUUGAUGAUGGCGUUGUGAAACGCGAAGAUUUGUGGAUUACCUCGAAACUCUGGAAUACUGAUCAUGCUCCAGAAGAUGUGCCGCUAGCACUGGAUAGGACUUUGGCAGACUUACAGCUUGGUUAUGUUGAUUUGUAUCUUAUCCACUGGCCUGCUCCGUUGAAGAAAGGAUCAGAUUUCAAGCCUGAAAAUCUUGUGCAACCUAAUAUUGCCAGCACAUGGAAGGCAAUGGAAUCACUCUAUGACUCUGGCAAGGCGCGGGCUAUAGGCGUAAGCAAUUUCUCCACAAAGAAGUUGGGGGAUUUGCUGGAGGUUGCUCGUGUUCCUCCUGCUGUCAAUCAAGUUGAGUGCCAUCCUUCUUGGAGGCAGGACAAGCUGCAGGAUUUUUGCAAUUCCAAAGGUGUCCACCUCUCUGGUUAUUCACCUUUGGGUUCCCCUGGAACCACCUGGCUUAAAAGUGAUGUCCUUAAACACCCAGCUCUAAAUGUUAUUGCGGAGAAACUAGGCAAGACUCCUGCACAGGUAGCUCUUCGUUGGGGAUUGCAAAUGGGUCAUAGUGUGCUUCCCAAGAGUACACAUGAAGCUAGGAUAAAAGAAAACUUUGAUGUUUUUGAUUGGUCUAUACCUUCAGACUUGUUACCUAAAUUUUCUGAGAUUGAACAAGCAAGAUUGCUCCGGGGAGCCUCAUUUGUUCAUGAAACUUAUGGUGGCUACAGAACCGUUGAAGAAUUAUGGGAUGGUGAAAUCUAAACAAUCUGCUCUGUAUGGGAUUUAGUCACUGGGUGGAAUAAAGAGAAUGCCAUUGUCUUUGUGGUGUAGGUGUGUUAGAUUGUUGACAUAAGUGCUUGGUUUUAGACUGUCUCUGUAUCUCUUAUUAUUAACCAAUCCUGAGUUUUGGAGGGACUGGGAGGCUUUGGAUUGGUUAAGCUGUGCACCUCGUUUAGACACAAUUAUUUCAGUUUUUUUACAAUGAGUACCAAGUUUCUAUAGUAUAUCCUGCUUUUGCUUAUGAUAAAUUAAAAUAGUAGCAUUGGUUA